GAAGCACCGCUGCUCUCCACAGUCAGCUGGGGAGAGGCAUGCGUGUGCGCGCGCGCGUGCCGACCAACCGGGAAGCGAAGCGAAAGCCGAGCAAAGACCCCGUACAACGGCGCAGGCGACAAGUCGAGGAGAUUUCUACCCACUACAUCCAUUCUGUCCCCAUCAUGGCCGACCCAGCGGAUGCGGAGGGCGCGGGGGGCGCACGAGGCUUCGCCAGGCAGGGCGCGCUGAGGCAGAAGAACGUACACGAAGUGAAGAACCACAAGUUCACCGCGCGCUUCUUCAAGCAGCCGACCUUCUGCAGCCACUGCACCGACUUCAUCUGGGGUUUCGGCAAGCAAGGCUUCCAGUGUCAAGUAUGCGGUUUUGUGGUCCACAAACGCUGCCAUGAGUUUGUUGCUUUCUCCUGCCCUGGGGCAGACAAGGGCCCAGCAUCAGAUGACCCUCGCAGUAAGCAUAAGUUCAAGGUACACACAUACUCCAGCCCCACAUUCUGUGACCACUGUGGAUCUCUACUGUACGGGCUCAUACACCAGGGGAUGAAAUGCGACACUUGUAUGAUGAAUAUUCAUAAACGAUGCGUGGAAAAUGUUCCCAGUCUGUGUGGAACAGACCACACCGAGAGGAGAGGACGGCUGCAUCUCAGUGCUAGUAUCACAAAUAAUGUUCUCACCGUGACCGUCAAGGAGGCUCGUAACUUGGUGCCAAUGGAUCCAAACGGUCUGUCAGAUCCAUAUGUGAAGCUUAAAUUAAUUCCAGACCCAAAGAACGAGAGCAAGCAGAAGACAAAAACCAUCAAGUGCUCCCUCAAUCCUACCUGGGACGAACUCUUCAACUUUAACCUCAAAGAUACAGAUAAAGACAGGCGUUUAUCAGUGGAGGUGUGGGAUUGGGAUCUGACCAGCAGAAAUGACUUCAUGGGGUCCAUGUCUUUUGGCAUCUCUGAGCUGCAGAAACAAGGUGUCAGCAGUUGGUUUAAGUUGCUAGGCCAAGAGGAAGGGGAGUAUUUCAAUGUUCCAGUUCCACCCGAUGGAGAGGAGGGUAAUGAAGAACUGCGGCAGAAAUUUGAGAGAGCCAAGAUUGGGCCUGGCACUAAGAAUACAGAUGGCUCUUCAAAGAAUGACAUCUCUAAAUAUGAUGCUAAUGGCAACAAAGACCGCAUGAAGCUCUCAGACUUCAAUUUCAUCAUGGUGCUGGGCAAAGGCAGCUUUGGCAAAGUGAUGCUUGCCGAACGUAAAGGCUCAGAUGAGCUGUAUGCAGUGAAGAUCUUGAAGAAGGAUGUGGUCAUUCAGGACGAUGAUGUGGAAUGUACUAUGGUGGAAAAGAGAGUUCUCGCUCUCUCUGGCAAACCGCCCUUCCUCACCCACCUCCACUCGUGCUUUCAGACCAUGGAUCGUCUUUACUUUGUGAUGGAGUUUAUCAACGGUGGAGAUUUGAUGUAUCAAAUACAACAAGUGGGAAAAUUUAAGGAACCCCAUGCUGUGUUCUAUGCUGCAGAAAUUGCCAUCGGCUUGUUCUUUCUUCAUUCAAAGGGGAUUAUAUACAGAGAUCUGAAGCUGGAUAAUGUGAUGCUGGAUGCUGAAGGCCACAUUAAGAUUGCAGAUUUUGGAAUGUGCAAAGAGAACAUGUUUGAUGGGGCCACAACCAAAACCUUCUGUGGCACUCCAGACUACAUUGCCCCAGAGAUCAUUGCAUAUCAACCGUAUGGCAAGUCUGUCGACUGGUGGGCGUAUGGAGUUCUACUGUAUGAAAUGCUGGCAGGACAGCCCCCUUUUGAUGGUGAGGAUGAAGAUGAGCUUUUCCAGUCCAUCAUGGAGCAUCAUGUGUCUUACCCGAAAUCCAUGUCCAAAGAAGCAGUGGCCAUAUGCAAAGGGCUGAUGACCAAGCAUCCAGGGAAGCGCCUGGGCUGUGGACCAGAGGGAGAACGAGACAUUAAAGAACACGCUUUCUUCCGCUACAUGGACUGGGAAAAACUGCAAAGCAAGGAAGUUCAACCCCCCUUCAAACCCAAAGCAUGCGGUCGAGACGCAGAGAACUUUGAUCGUUUUUUCACCCGCCAUCCUCCCGUCCUGACCCCUCCUGACCAAGAAGUGAUUCAAAACCUGGACCAAGAAGAAUUUCAGGGCUUCUCGUUCAUUAAUAAAAAAUUUGUAUCUGUGAAAUCCAAGUAGCCAGUUUUAGCCAAGCUCAAAAUAGGGACCAAUAAGAUUACACGUCUUGAAAUCACAUAGCCUGGAUGAGCCAAUGAGACAGAUUGGUGGAGGAAUGGAGGUAAUUUCAAUCCAAAUUGUUCCUUCCAGUUUACUAUUUCUUUACUAUUUCUUAUUUGAUUAAAAGGAUCUAGGAAAGAGAUUGACUAACUUUGUAAAUUAACCUCUAAAGAGACACAGCUUUGCGAGAUUUCCACUAUUUGAUUCUUGUUAUAUCAUAGACUGUGGUGUUAUUGGUUUAAAAAAAAAUCAACAACAACAACAACAACAACAAAAAAAACAAGAGUAUCUGGAUAAAUCCAGUGUCCUGGUCACAUCUCACCCCUUAAUAAUAAUAAUAAAAUAAAUGUAGAUUUUUUAUUUUUUACUGACAUUAUUGUCAUAAUUAAAAUACUAUAAUGACAAUUUACUGAGAAUCAGACAAAAAAUAUGAUAAUGUCUCAAUGCAGAAACAUUGUAAUGGUUUUAAAAAUAUGCUUAAUUUUAUUUAUUAUAAAUGUUUCCUAUUAUUUUUGUUUUCAUUUUGGGGUGAAAUGUUACCUACACAUGCCCUAGAGGUUUUAAAGGGAUAGUUCAUCCAAAAAUGUAUCUGCUUACCCCCAGGGCAUCCCAAGAUGUAGGUGACUUUGAUUCUUCAGUUAAUCACUAAUUGUGACUUCAGCCGUUGCAGUCUCUCGUACAAUGGAUGGCAAUGGUAACAGAAUCAAUGAGAGUAAAAAAAACAUGCACAGACAAAUCCAAAUUAAACCCUGCGGCUCAUGAUGAUUGGUCUGUGCAAGAAACUGAACAGUAUUCAUAUAGUUUUUUUUUUACCUUUGAUUCGCGCAAUGUCUGAACUGUUAGCAGCAAGCGUGUGAGACAUAUUCUUCUUCUUGCUUGCUUUAUGGCGGAUCGCAGACUUAUAAGUGCAUUACCGCCACCUAUCUCUCAAAUGGACCAUUGACACUCUAUCUACAAUCUCAAUUAGGAGUGACAAUGGUCCACUUGAGAGAUAGGUGGCGGUAAUGAAUUUAUAAGUCUGCGAUCCGCCAUAAAGCAAGCAGAAGAAGAUGAUACCUCUCAGGGACCUGCUGCUGUGAAGUGCGUUCACAAGAGUUCUAACAGUUCAGACACUGCGUGAAUCAGAGGAAAAAAAAAAGUUAUAAAUACUGUU